AUGCAUUCCGCCACCCUAAUCCUUGCCCUCGGCUUCACUCUGGCUUCAACCACCAGCGCCGCUCCACUGUCGGGUCCACUCUUCACAGCCGUCAGCCGGGUCCCCGCGAGCACCGCCACAGGAGCGGCCAACGUCACCGCAGGUGAGUUCCCCAAGCACCAGCACACCCCCGACUGUGAGCAUAAUUACAAUGCUGCGAAGCACAACGUCACGGACCACAACAAGACCACCGAGGCUCCAGGCCAUGCUACCGAGGGAAAUGAUGACGAGCGUGCUACUAGAGCCAUGGGCAAUCCGUCGCCGUACCCGAGGAGGUCUAACGCAAGUGAUUACGCGCACCCCCACGCCGUUCAGGCACACAACCACACGGGCGACUACUGCGACCACCCUUCCCACCACCACCACCACCACCACAACACCAGCACCACUGACGCUACCUACGACAAGCUAAUCCACCCACCCAAGACGAUCAACGCGAGUGCGGACCCAUCGCGCCCCAACAACGGCAGCACCACCACCACCGCUGGCCCGCGUCGCCCGGACAAGAGAUCGGUGCCGAUGACGCCCAGGGUGGACGUGACGGUGUGUCUGGGGACCGAGUGCAGGGAUACGGCCGUUGUGACGGCGGACGUGGACGGCGCCGGCGAGCUAACGGGUGUGGUGGUGGGGGCCAAGGACGGCGGGCGCCUGGGCCGGCGUCAGGAGAUGGACUUUUCGUACGAGGACGUUGCGCGGCAGAUGUCGGGGGCAGGGAUUGCCGGGGGGGUGUGA